AGUACUGAGCAUAAUAAUGAAGUCCUUCCUCCAACAAUAGUCGCCCACUGCCUUAUCCCCAGAAUAGCCUGCAUUCUGCUUAGGCUCCCGUGUCUCUCUCACACACUGUUGGUAUACUGUCAAGAGAAUUUACGCUCGAGACCCAUCAGUUCACUGGAGGCAGGCGCAGGCUCUGUUCUGGCUCAGUGCGUCUCGUACGCGCAAUGGAUUGUUGGAGUUGCCAAGUACCUCGUAGUGAACACGAAUCUUUCGCCAGGUUUUUGGACUCGUCUUAUGGACUUGGUGAAAUUUGACUUGUCCAGUCGCGAUGUUGACUUAUAACGAAUAUAUUUCGUAAAGACAACUGACGGGAUAGGCUACUCGGAAAGGGAACUCCCGACAACCCGAACCAUGUGUAACUCUCCAGAGUAAUUUUUUUUGCGCAAGGUGAUAGUGACGGUGAAGACAGUUGAGCUGCCUUUCUAGUUGGCUAAGAGGAACGAGUCAGAUACUUAUGGAUUACUACCCUAUGGUUCUUUGACAGGGUCGCCUCGAUCUUAAAGUGGAACAUUAGGGAGGACAAUUGUGAGGCUUUAUCGUCUGUUUUACACAUCUUAACGCUUUUCCAACUUCUGGCAUUGGACAACAGUUUUGAAGGAAGACCAUGGCAUCGGAAACCACUCCAGUGUUGUCGAAACAGGUGUUACUUUGGCUGGUUGUAGCAUGCCAGUCUGUGUCGGUGAUGGCUUGUGGCGGGACCUAUGAGUACGCCAUCGAGGAGUUCUGCCUGGGGAAAUUCAGACUGGACAUGGAGGAACUUGACCAGCAUCACUGGUGCAGCUGGGAGGAUACAGUGGAACCUUAUGGUGAGCUCACCAACUGCACCUACCUGAUCGCCCUGAAGAUGGACUGUUUCUGGCCCAACCGGCAGGUGGACGAGUUCUUCAUCCGCAUCCACAAGCACUACUUCCACGACUGCUCCCUGUCGGGACGGCAGCUGCGUGAUCCGCCCAACCGUAUCCUUGGGCCAUUCAUUGUGGUGCCCAUCCUUGUCACGCUGCUCAUGACUGCCCUAGUGGUGUGGAGGAGCAAACGCAGUGAAGGCAUUGUGUAACCGGGGCCAACCCCAAGCUCCAGGCCCCCAGCCAGGGGAGAAGAGGUCUAGAGGAGGCCCCCUUCACCCUCCACCCAGGACGGAGACAGGUAUACAUAACGCUGCUGCUACUACAGAACAGACAUCAUGGACCAGGCAAGGGACUGGGAGGACUAUCAAAGCCUGUAUCAAGGACAACAUUAUAGACCAUCUAUGUUACUGUCACUCUGUUGGAGUUGACAAUGAGCUACAGCCACAGGAUAUAGGAAAGGACAUAGACUACAAGAUGAGGAUUUACAGAACUACACUGAUUAUACCCUGCAGGAGGACUUGUUUAAAAAUGGAGUGUCUGCUUUCAUUACCCUUUAUCUGCAAAUCCAAUCUAGGUGGAGAAUCACAAGCUGUUAGCCAUGAAGGACAGAUGGUGUAUGAUUGGUUUGAAGGACUUCCUGGGCACAUGAGGUAAUUUCCUGUGCAGUGAGUUGGGAUACUUUGGCACAGCUCCUGAAGUGGACUUUUGACAGUCAGUCACCGAUUGGUUGAUAGAUAGGAUGAUGCUAUCAUCUCUGUGCUUUAUGGAUGAUGUCUGUGCACUCUAUACUCACCUAAUAAACACUGUCUGGAUCCAACAUCCCUGUACCUGCACCUGUCCCUGUCCAUGUCCCUGUCCUUGUCCCUGCCCUGUCCCUGUCCCUGUUCCUGUCUCUAACAGUCAGAACCAACAUAUUUCUACACUCACCCUUCAAUUCCUUACUUUGGCCUUUUGCCAAAUCGCUGUAAGUUAUCAAAAAUAAUAUAACAAAUCUAAUUUGCCAUGAAUAGAAAGUGAAUAUGAAAAAGAGAUGAUUAAAAAUGACUGAUGUGCAUGAGACUGAGGUACAACAUACUGUGCAAAUGAUGAUUAGGGGGUUUGGUAUGAUUGCUAGUCAGCCUAUUGCAGAUCUGGACAAAUGGCAGGAAAGGUCCACCCCCCCUGUACAUUUUGACUGUGUACAACAAACUUGGAUUAAAACAAAGACGUGA